AAAAACCCAAAUAAAUUAGGGCGGCAAUAAAUAAAACCCUCGGCCAGUAUAAACCCGCGCCACAGAAGGGAGAAGAACACAAAGUGUCGCCCUUUGAGAUUCUCUUUUCAUCAAAUUCAAUGGCUUUCUGGGGAGUUGAAGUGAAGCCAGGAAAGCCUUUCACUCUCAAGGCUACUACUACUACAAAUGAUGCUAAAAGACUUCACCUUUCCCAGGCGACACUGGGGAUGAGUAGUAGUAAUACGGGAACAGGCAGCAGCAGCAGAAUCAUUCUUCAGUGUAACGUUGGGAACAAAAGUCCACUCUUCUUAUGUGUCCUGUCUCCUGAAAAGGUUGAUUCUUGCCAACUCAAUAUUGAGUUUCAAGAAGCUGAAGAUGUUAUCUUCUCUGUUAUCGGUUCUCCUAGUGUUCACCUCACUGGCUACUUCCUCGCCACCGGCGGUUUAAUGCUAAAUGAUGACCAUUCGGAGUCAUUUGGAGAAGACAUUGUUGACACAGACGUCGAGAAAGUUAGCAGUGAUGAUUAUGACUACAGCGAUAGUUUCAUUAAUGAUGAUGAUGAUGAUGAUGAUGAUCCAUCUCCCCGCGCUUCUCAGAUCUCUACUUCUGACGAUGAUGCUAAAACAAAGGCAAAGAAGUUUAAUAAAAGACUAAGGAAGAAGUUUCAAGUCUCUGAUUCAGAUUCCGAGGACUCCGUAGAGAUACUUGACAACGAUAAUGACCACAAGAUCCCAAAGGUAGUUUCUUCAGAGGUUCCUUUGGAGAAUUCUGAGAAGACAUCAGAAGCAACAAAUCCUACUCACGUGGCUAUGGAUAAUAUAAAGGAGGAUAAGCCAUCUGGUGAGGUUGAACUUGGCUCUGAUGUGCUUCCAGAGAAGAAGAAGAAGAAAAGAAACAAGGAAUCAGUUGUUAUUAGCACAGACGAAGGAGAGGAGGAGAAAGAUAUGCCAGGGACUGACAAAGCAAUAGAAUCAUCAACUGAUGGAACUCUAUCAAAGAAAAAGAGGAAGAAAGAGAGGAGAGAGGAGGAGACUACAGGGAGGAAGAAACAAGCUAUCGAAAAGAACAUGGAGAAAGAAGCUAGUACUAAGGAACUACCGGAACCAGAGAUUUCUUCAAACGAGGUGACAAUUGAAGAGAUUGAAAAAGGAGAGUUAGAUGGUAAAGUAGCUGUCCAUGGAAAAAGGGUCAGCAUACUCUAUACUGGGAAGUUGAAAGACACUGGGAAAGUGUUUGAAUCAAACUUGGAAGAAGCUCCAUUAAGAUUUCGCUUAGGUGGAGAAAAGGUCAUAAAAGGUCUCAGUAAGGGUGUUGAAGGGAUGCGAGCUGGUGAUAAGAGAAGACUCACAAUUCCACCAUCUCUUGGGUACUCCGAGGAAGGACUGAAGAAGGAAGAUGUGCCUAAGAAUUCGUGGCUUGUCUAUGAAGUAGAGGCAGUAAAAGUGAGAUGAUGUCAUUGGCUCUUUUGAAACAAGUUCAAGCCUUUUUAUUUUUUUCUUCUCGAGUCAUCUAUUUGCCUCCAAUUUUGUUCGUUUUGGGGAGGGGAUUUCUUAGCUGUUCGCAUAACUCAGCCACAUGGUUAUUUAAUUUCAUCGGUCAAGAAGAUGGAAACUUGUUUUAGUUGAACUUUUUUCAUCGAAGUGUAAUAUCCUCCGAAACGAUUCGUAUAUAGUCA